AUGUCGUCUCUCUCUGGUUUGUUGCCAGCACCGGUGCACCAGCAUCCAGCUCAGGAAUACGAACAACAACACCAAUACAGCAACAUCGUCGCCCCCACAAUCCGCAUCCCUCCUUACGGCCAGCGCACAGGAUGGAAGCCCAAGAAGCCUGAAGACUUUGGUGAUGGAGGUGCAUACCCAGAGUGCCACACCGCUCAAUACCCUCUGGACAUGGGACGCAAGAAGAAGUCAACGUCAAAGGCGGGAUCGACAAUUGCGCUGCAGGUUGAUGCGCAAGGAAAUGUGGCCUAUGAUGCCAUCGCCAAGCGUGGACAUGGAUCAAAUCAGAUUGUUCAGGCGCAGUUCAAGGAUUUGGUGCCAUUGCACGAGCGUGCUGAUGUCGGAGACAUCUCGUUGAGCCGCCCCAAUGAGGAAGAAGUUCAGGAGACAGCAGACCGCACCAGGGCUGCGCUGGAGAAGAUCUCAAAGUCCAAGAUUACGGCUGCUCAGCCAAAGAGUGUGGUAUCGAACAAUAAGCCUGGAGCACCGACAUAUAUUCGCUACACACCCGCCAACCAAGCAGCAUCGGCCGAAGGAGUCAACCAAAGAGUCAUCAGGAUGGUUGAGAUGCCUGUCGACCCCAUGGAGCCACCCAAACAUCAUCACAAAAAGGUGCCCCGUGGCCCACCUUCCCCUCCACCCCCAGUUCUUCACUCCCCUCCCCGCAAAGUCACGGCCAAGGAGCAGGCCGACUGGGUCAUCCCACCCUGCAUCUCGAACUGGAAGAACGCCAAGGGUUACACUAUUCCUCUGGACAAGCGUCUGGCGGCCGAUGGACGUGGAUUGCAGGAUGUUCAGAUCAACAAUAACUUUGCAAAGUUGUCUGAGGCUCUGGCUCUGGCGACUCGCCAUGCUCAGGAUGAGGUCCGUCAGAGAGCUUUGAUGCAGCAGAAGGUUGCUCAGAAGGAGAAGGAGUCCAAGGAGCAGAACUUGCGUGCCCUUGCUCAGCGUGCCCGUGAUGAGAGAGCUGGUAUUGUGUCUUCGUCGACUUCAGGAGCUGCUGUACAGGACUCUGGUCGUGGUCGGCAGCAGGAAUCUGGAUCCGAAUCCGGAUCGGAUGAGGACUCGGAUGAUGAUGAAGCGAAGCAGAGGGCAGCCCGUGAGCGUGAUGCGCUUCGCAAGGAGAGGCAGCAGGAGCGUGAGAAGGACUUGCGCAUGUCGCGUAUGGGUUCUGAGCAGAAAGCCAAGAUCAUGGCCAGGUCGGAGGGCAGAGAUAUCUCAGAAAAGGUAGCACUGGGAUUGGCUAAACCAACACAGAGCAAGGACAGCCUGUACGACGCCCGUCUGUUUGGUCAAACCUCAGGACUCAACUCUGGAUUCAAGGACGACGAGGCCUACAGCGUCUACGACAAGCCCAUGUUCACACAUACCGGAUCGAGCGUCUACAGGCCCAAGCGGUCCGGAGGUGAGGGUGGUGACGAUGUUGCCAACGAGGACGAUAUCUCGCGUGCCUUGGAGUCCGACCGGUUCGGUAGUGCUGGUAUUAGCGGGAAGGGCUUCCGUGGCACGGAGGGUGGUCGUAACAUGCAGAGAGAUGGUCCUGUGGCGUUCGAGAAGGAUGCUGAUAUCUUUGGACUGGAUGAUUUCAAUAAGGCGGAUUCUAAGAAGAGGACAGGGUUGGAUAUUUCCUCUACUCAGGAGGGUAAGAGACGGAGGGAAUAA